UGGUGCAGAUCUUUCUGCCAGGAGCUAUGCUAGACUCUAGGUUGAACUUGUCAGACGUUUCCAUGUGGAGUCUCUUCCCUGAGGCAACUGCAGCAGCUGACUGGAUGACUGGCUGCUGGCUCAAUGAUCAGGAGAUUCACUGAGAUGACCUAGUGAAGGGGACGGGACAAUGUUGCAGAAGAAGAUCUGCCCCCAGUUACUUGACUACCUUGUGAUCGUUGGGGCCAGGCAGCCAAGCAGCGAUAGUGUGGCCCAGACCCCUGAGCUGCUCCGACGUUACCCUCUGGAAGACCAUUCAGAUUUCCCUUUGCCUCCCGACGUGGUGUUCUUCUGUCAGCCGGAGGGAUGCCUGAGUGUACGGCAAAAACGCAUGAGUCUGCGAGAUGACACCUCCUUUGUCUUCACACUCACAGACAAGGAUUCGGGCGUCAUUCGCUAUGGGAUCUGUGUCAACUUCUACCGUUCCUUCCAGAAGCGAGUGCCCAAAGAGAAAGCAGAAGGCACUGGUGGGCAUCGAGUUCGGGAUGGACAAAAACCCCCCAAAGCUGGGGAUGCUUCCGUUGCCCAAGAGGAGGUGGGCAAUGAGAGUUCAGAGAGUGGCUCUUCACUGCACACACCAAGCACAGAGUCCACUCCAGAUGUGAACCGGUCACCACGCAGUAAGCGUGUGGCCAGAGGCAGCCAUCACUCCCGGAACAGCACCCUGACUUCCCUGUGCAUCAUUAGUCAUUACCCCUUCUUCUCCAGCUUCCGCGAGUGUUUAUACAUCCUGAAGAGGCUAGUGGACUGCUGCAGUGAGAGGCUGCUGGGCAAGAAGCUGGGGAUCCCUCGAGGAGUGCAGAGGGAUACCAUGUGGCGGAUUUUCACAGGUGCUCUCCUAGUGGAAGAGAAAUCCAGUGCGUUGCUACAUGACCUGCGUGAGAUAGAGGCCUGGAUUUAUCGCCUGCUCCGCUCACCUGUACCUGUUGCAGGCCAGAAGCGAGUGGAUGUGGAAGUCUUACCACAUGAUUUGCAACCAGCUUUGACGUUUGCUCUUCCUGACCCAUCCCGCUUCACGUUGGUGGAUUUCCCCUUGCAUCUGCCCUUGGAACUUUUGGGAGUGGAUGCCUGUUUGCAGGUGCUGUCCUGCAUCCUUCUGGAGCACAAGGUGGUGCUGCAGUCCCGAGACUAUAAUGCUCUCUCCAUGUCCGUGAUGGCAUUUGUGGCUAUGAUCUAUCCACUAGAGUACAUGUUCCCAGUGAUCCCACUGCUCCCCACCUGCAUGGCUUCUGCAGAACAGUUACUAUUGGCCCCCACACCUUACAUCAUUGGGGUCCCAGCCAGCUUCUUCCUUUAUAAACUAGACUUUAAAAUGCCUGAUGAUGUGUGGCUUGUUGACCUGGACACCAAUAAGGUGAUUGUUCCCACGAACGCAGAAUCUUUGCCAGUCCUACCAGAGCCAGAGGCAUUAGAGCUUAAAAAACACCUGAAACAGGCCUUGGCCAGCAUGAGUCUGAAUACCCAGCCCAUUCUUAACCUAGAGAAGUUCCAUGAGGGACAGGAGAUCCCACUGCUCAUGGGAAGACCUCAGAAUGGUCUACAGUCCACCCCUUCCACGGAAUUCAACCCCCUGAUCUAUGGCAAUGAUGUGGACUCUGUGGAUGUGGCCACCAGGGUUGCUAUGGUGAGAUUCUUCAACUCACCAAACGUUUUGCAGGGUUUCCAGAUGCACACCCGCACCCUUCGUCUCUUCCCCCGGCCUGUGGUGGCCUUUCAGGCCAAUUCUUUUCUUGCGUCUAGGCCAAAGCAGACAGCUUUCGCAGACAAGCUGUCUAGGACACAAGCAGUGGAAUACUUCGGAGAGUGGUCACUCAACCCAACUAACUAUGCUUUUCAAAGGAUCCACAACAACAUGUUCGACCCAGCCCUGAUUGGUGACAAACCAAAAUGGUAUGCUCACCAGCUUCAACCAAUCCACUACCGUGUCUAUGAUAGCAAUUCCCAGCUGGCUGAGGCAUUGAGUGUCCCCAUAGAGAAGGAAACAGAUUCUGAACCUACUGAUGACAGCGGUAGCGACAGCGUGGAUUAUGAUGACUCAAGUUCUUCCUACUCCUCCCUUGGUGACUUUGUCAGCGAGAUGAUGAAAUGUAACAUUAAUGGUGAUACCCCAAAUGUUGAUCCCCUGACACAUGCAGCCCUGGGUGAUGCCAGUGAGGUGGAGUUUGAUGACUUCCAGGAAUAUUCAGGGGAUCUGGAUGCGCAGGCUCUGGACAGUGAGAGCUCCCUGGACAACAACCAGCCUCGCUCAAGUUCCAGCACUACAGCCAGUAGCAGCCCCAGCACUGUCAUCCAUGGGGUGAAUCAUGAGUCAGCAGAUUCAGCGGAGAUGGAGGAGAAGAUGAUUGCUGGGUUUUCAAAUCACCUUCCCUCCUUGCCACUGCAACCAAACUUCCCCAAGAUGAAUCUGGAACGUCGUGAUGGUGAAAGCCCAGCUGGCAGCAUGAGCUCUGUGGAGGGAAUGGUGAAGAAACGAGAGUAUGAUAAUCCAUACUUUGAACCACAGUAUGGGUUUCCUACUGAGGAAGAGGAUGAGGAACAGGAAGAGAGCUACACCCCAAGAUUCAACCAGAAUCUGACUGGGAUUCGGUCUCAGAAGCUACUACGUCCUAACAGUUUAAAGCUGGCCAAUGACUCUGAUGCGGAGUCGGACUCACGGGGCAGCUCCCCAAAUUCCACCAUCUCCAACAACAGCAGCGAAGGUUUUGGGAGCCUUAUGUCUUUUGCCAGCAGCCUGUACAGGAACCACAGCACAAGUUUCAGUUUGUCCAACUUAGCCCUACCAACCAAAGCUGGGAGAGACAAGAACACUCCCUUCCCCAGCCUGAAAGUAUUUGGGUUAAAUACUAUAAUGGAGAUUAUUACUGAAGCUGGCCCUGUAAACAACGAAGGGAACAGGAGGGCCCUGGUGGAUCAGAAGUCUUCAGUUAUUAAGCACAGCCCAACAGUGAAGAGGGAAUCUCCAUCACCUCAGGGGCGAACCAGCAAUUCCAGUGAAAAUCAACAAUUCCUGAAGGAGGUUGUGCACAACGUUCUUGAUGGGCAGGGUGUUGGCUGGCUGAAUAUGAAGAGAGUCCGGCGUCUGCUGGAGAGCGAACAGCUCCGUGUCUUUGUACUAAGCAAACUGAACCGCACCAUCCAGUCAGAGGAGGAUGCUCGGCAGGAUGUCAUCCAGGACGUGGAGAUCAACCGCAAGGUUUACAAAGGGAUGCUGGACUUGCUGAAAUGCACUGUGUCAAGCCUGGAGCAGUCGUAUGCAAACGCUGGCUUGGGAGGCAUGGCCAGUGUCUUUGGCCUGCUGGAGAUAGCACACACUCACUAUUAUAACAAAGAACCAGAAAAAAGAAAACGAAGUCCAACAGAUGGAGCAGCCACUCCGGUUGGCAAGGACCCUGAUUUAGCCAUGAGGGCAGAACCGAAGCCUACAAUGAAACUGCCAGUACCCCAGCUCAUGCCAAGGGUACCAAGCCCUGCAGGAAAAGGGACAAGGGAGUUUGACACAAGGAGUCUAAAGGAAGAAAAUUUUAUUGCUUCCAUUGAAUUGUGGAACAAGCACCAGGAAGUGAAAAAGCAAAAAGCUUUGGAAAAACAGAGGUCAGAAGGUGUGAAACACUUCUUUGAUCUGGGAGAGACAGACGAGAAAAAAUCCCAAAUCAGUGCAGACAGCGGCCUGAGUUUGACAUCAGGCUCUCAGAAGAGUGAUUUGGACUCUGUUGCCAGUGCAGGGCCGGCUGUUAUGAUCCGAAGCACAAGCCAGGAUUCUGAAGUUAGCACAGUGGUUAGUAACAGCUCUGGAGAGACAUUAGGAGCGGACAGUGACUUGAGCAGCAACGCUGGUGAUGGCUUCAGUGGGGAGAAUGGUGGGAACCUGACAGGAUCACGGAACACUGUAUCAGACAGUGAAAUUGAGACAAACUCUGCUACUAGCUCCAUCUUUGGUAAAUCUCAAAGCCUGAAGCACAGUGUGAAGGAUAUCAAGGGCAGCAGCCCAGGGAGAGCUCUGGAGGAUGUGAGCCUGCGGGUUUACCUCUAUGAAGGGCUUCUGGGGAGGGAUAAAGGAUCUGUCUGGGACCAGUUAGAGGACGCUGCAAUGGAAACCUUUUCUCUAAGUAAGGAGCGCUCAACACUGUGGGACCAGAUACAGUUCUGGGAAGAUGCUUUUCUGGAUGCUGUGAUGUUAGAGAGAGAAGGAAUGGGAAUGGACCAGGGACCUCAGGAAAUGAUCGACAGGUACUUAUCCCUGGGAGAACAUGACCGAAAGCGCUUGGAGGAUGACGAAGACCGCCUACUGGCUACACUACUGCACAACAUGCUUGCCUACAUGCUUAUGAUGAAGGUGAGCAAGAAUGACAUUAAGAAGAAGGUGCGUCGUUUGAUGGGGAAAUCGCACAUUGGAUUGGUGCAGAGCCAGCAAAUAAACGAGUUACUAGACAAAGUGGCUAACCUAGGCGUCCGAGAGCUGUCUGUCCGGCCCAGCGGCAGCAGACACAUCAAGAAGCAGACGUUUGUAGUACAUGCCGGGACAGAUACAACAGGAGACAUCUUCUUCAUGGAGGUGUGUGAUGAUUGCAUUGUGCUGAGAAGUAACAUUGGAACUGUGUACGAACGGUGGUGGUAUGAGAAACUCAUCAACAUGACAUACUGUCCUAAAACGAAAGUGCUGUGUCUCUGGAGGAGGAACGGCCAGGAGACACAGCUGAAUAAGUUCUACACCAAGAAGUGUCGGGAAUUGUACUAUUGUGUAAAAGACAGUAUGGAGCGAGCAGCAGCAAGACAGCAAAGUAUUAAACCAGGACCUGAAUUGGGUGGUGAGUUCCCAGUGCAGGAUAUGAAAACUGGUGAAGGAGGGCUUCUGCAAGUCACGCUGGAAGGAAUUAACCUGAAGUUUAUGCAUAGUCAGGAGCGGAAGGUUUUCAUAGAGCUGAAUCACAUUAAAAAGUGCAAUACUGUGCGAGGAGUCUUUGUCCUGGAGGAAUUUGUUCCUGAAACUAAAGAAGUGGUGAGCCACAAGUACAAGACACCAAUGGCCCAUGAGAUCUGCUAUUCCGUGUUGUGUCUCUUCUCUUAUGUGGCUGCUGUUCGUGGGAAAGAGGUAGAAAACAAAAGCAAACCCCCUCGGCCAGUUUCCAGCUGA